AUGUCAGCAAGAGCAAUUGGAAAAAUCCUUACAGCCAGACAGCAAUCCGAAGGAGUUGGCGCAAAAGUUCGCAGGUCGAUUGGUACUAUUGGCCAAAGAAAUUUCAACCCGUUCUUGAUGUUUGACCAUUUUUCAAGCUCGGGCACCAAUGGGUUCCCCGAACAUCCACAUCGUGGUCAGGAAACCAUCACCUUGAUGUUGCAUGGUGCAUUUGCCCAUGAGGACUUUACCGGCUCCAAGGGCAUUUUAUACGCGGGCGACUUGCAGUUUAUGACGGCAGGCAAAGGUGUUGUCCACUCGGAAAUGCCCGUGCCUUCGACUGACGGCGAACCAACUGCAGGCUUGCAGUUGUGGGUUGAUUUGCCCAAUAGUUUGAAAGACACAGCGCCAAGGUAUCGCGACUUGAGAGAAUGGGAAAUCCCAGUGGUGACGGCAGACGAAGGUAGAGUCAUUGUCAAGGUGAUUAGCGGCAAGAGUCAUGGCGUGGAAUCAGUCAAGGACUUAGCAUACACGCCAAUCAACUACUACUACUACAAAGUCAAAGCUGGCGGCGAGUUCAAGCAGGACUUGCAAGAAGGUUUCAAUUACUUUUUAUACGUUAUCAAGGGUAACACGUUGGUUUUGAACGGCGACACAAAGGUUGCCCAGUAUCAAAACGUCUUUUUUGAAGAGAAAGGUGACUACAUCACCGGUAAGAAUGUUGCAAACGCAGCAGCCGCAGGUGACUCGAACGACUCCGAAGUUGAAUUUGUCCUAGUUGGUGGUAAGAAAUUGGAUCAAGAGGUUGUGCAGUAUGGCCCAUUUGUGCUUAGCUGUCAAGAGGAUGUGCAAAAAGCCAUUCUCGAUUACCAAUAUGCUAGAAACGGGUUUGAAAAUAUAAGGACCUGGAGAACUUUGAUAAGUAAUGGUGUCACGCCGGAGAUGAUCGAGGGUCCUUUGGAGGGGAACCUUGAAUUGAGGGCUAAAAAGAGAGCUGCUUAUUUCGAAGAAAAGGCGAGGUUGGAAGCUGCUGGUGAAAAGAUCCCAGUCAAAGAUGAGCUUUAA